AUGCUGCUCAUUUCUUCCAUAAAGACGGCAGGAAAGGCCGUGACACUGUUCGCACAGCUUGCUGCAACGGCAAACAAUGUCAUCGACCUAACCGAACAAAAGUGGACACUCACAAGCCCGAAUUUCAACAAUAUAUCUGUUCCUGGAAAGGUGCCGUCACAUGUCCAUGUUGACCUCUAUGCAGCAGAUAUAAUCAAUGACCCUUUGAUCGAACUCAACGAUUUCGACCUCCGCUGGAUCGGUGAAAAUAACUGGACUUACACCAGCGAGAUUGAAGGGCUCUAUCUCGUCUUUAACGGCCUCGACACCUACGCCGCCGUCGAAUUCUGCGGGGAGCACAUUGCGAACGCUGACAAUCAAUUUCGACAGUGGGUCUUUGACAUCUCCGAGGCCCUAGCAUCAUGUACGGCUACUCGACCACAACUUACCGUCAAAUUUGGCGCCACUCCCAACAUCUCGGCAGCCAUAGCCGCGGAGCCCGGGCAGGAGACAUGGCCCAAUGGCAUCGACGAAGUCUAUGAGAUUCCAAACAGGCAGUUUGUACGCAAGGAGCAAUCUGACUUUGGAUGGGAUUGGGGCCCAGCAUUUGUUCCUGUGGGCAUUUGGCAGCCUGCCUACCUUAUUCAACUGGGCGGGCCGGAUUCCGUAUAUGUAAAAAACUCAGCUUUUGACCUAUACCGGAAAGGCCAAUUGAACAACCUGCCGCCAGAUCAGACUGCCGACUGGAUCUUUAACGCGAGCGUUGACGUGGUCGGAACAAUCCCUGAUGGCGCACAGAUGAAAUACACGAUUGUCGAUUCAGACUCCCAUCAUCAGGUUAGCUCCGGAAGCUUCAGCGAUAUCACUAAUGGAGGCGACGUCAUCACUGGUUGUACGACCCUUGAUGCUUCCAAAUACGAGCUGUGGUGGCCCAGUGGCCUCGGUGCUCAGAAGCUCUAUAAUAUGAGUGUUGAGGUCAUCUCAAAGGGAAAGACCAUUGCCUCUGUCAACAAGCGAAUGGGCUUUAGAACGAUUGUUCUCAAUAUGGAGCCUAUCAGCGACAUAGAACUGUCUCAAGGUAUCAUCAACGGUAGUAAUUUCCAUUUUGAGAUUAAUGGCAAUGUAUUUUAUGCCAAAGGAAGCAAUUUCGUCCCCCCAGACCCAUUCUGGCCGCGCAUAACAUUUGAGCACAUCCAUGAGAUCCUCGCUGAUGUAGUGGAUGCUAACCAAAACAUGCUACGCGUGUGGUCUAGCGGAGCCUACGCACCCGACUUCAUGUAUGAUCUUGCUGAUGAGAUGGGUAUUCUGCUGUGGUGCGAGUUUGAAUUCAGCGUUUCCCUAUACCCUGUAGCACCGGACUUCCUCGAGAAUGUCCGCCAGGAGGCCGUCUAUCAGGUUCGAAGAGCCAACCAUCACCCCUCUCUCGCGCUGUGGGCUGGAGGAAAUGAAAUGGAGAAGGAUGAGCUGCCUGCCGUCAAGUCGCAGGCCCCAUCUCAGUACGAGCGUUACUUGAGUGAAUACCUCGAGCUAUUCCUCAACACAUUACUCCCUGCCGUGUAUGGCAACUCUCACAGCAUUAGCUAUAUGCCUUGUAGCACCAACAAUGGCUACUUGGAACUGAACUUCAGUCUACCUAUCCCAUUCGUCGAUCGCCUUUACAAUACCACGCCCGGAUAUCUCUAUGGUGACAGCGACUUUUACGAUUACAAUGCAGCACACGCCUUCGAUAUCAACAAGUAUGUUGUUGGUCGAUUUGCCAACGAGUUCGGCUUCCACUCAAUGCCUAGUCUCGAGACAUGGCGCGAAGCCAUUCCCGAAGACCAGCUAUACUUUAAUUCAACUAUGACCGUCUUGCGCAACCAUCACUAUCCUCCCGGAAGCCUCACCACUAACAACACUGCUGAUCCUCUGAGAGGCAUGGGCGAGAUGACCGUUGGGGUCCAGCUGUGGUAUCCAACGCCGGCCAAGACUGACUCAAUUGCCAACUUCGCUGCCUGGUGCCACGCAACCCAAGUCUUCCAGGCUGAUUUUUAUCACACUAAGAUUCAGUACUACCGCGCCGGGUCAGGAAUGCCACAAAGGCAGCUUGGCUCGCUAUAUUGGCAACUUAACGAUAUCUGGCAGGCGCCGACAUGGUCGAGCAGGGAGUAUGAUGGCCGCUGGAAGGUAAACUUUUACGCAACAAAAGACAUCUUCCAGCCCGUCAUCAUUGCCCCUGUGUUCAACGUUACUACAGGUGUCUUGGAAAUAUAUGCCGUGUCGGACUUGUGGAGCGAUGUUUCUGGAGAAGCAGGCUGGGAAUGGAUUGGAUAUGACGGAAAUCCAGUUGGCCCAUCUGAUGCAUCUGUGAAGUCGCAGAAGUUUACAGUCGGCCCCGUCAACUCCACUGUGUUGGCGAAGAUGAAUAUCACGGCACUUACAAGCGGUGGUGGUCUUCCCGCCUCCAAUGCGGUCUUAAUUGCCAAUAUUACCGCCACAGGCACGCCUCCAAAUUCGCAGGGCACGAAAACCUACUUGCACUCAAACUAUUUCACAGCCACGCCUCUCAGUAAAGCUGAGUUGGCCGAUCCGGGGUUGACAAUUCGCCAAGAAGGGAACGCCUUUACUGUCACAGCUGAGAAAGGUGUCAGUGCGUUUACAUGGAUUGCUUUGGACCCAAAAGACGCCAGUGCCAUCGUUACUUUUGAUGAUAAUGGCUUUUGGUUACGGCAAGGGCAGAGUAAAACAGUCGGAUAUCGUGUUCGUGGAGUAAGUGCGGGUUGGGAAAGCCGUGUCACAGUGAGCAGCAUCUGGAAUGAUACACUCUCUUCUUAA